AUGUCAAACGAUUCGAUGAGUGCAACAUCUGACUUUGACGAGUUAUUUAAGGUUAACUCAGUCGAAUACAUCAAAAGAUCAGAUGAUAAAUCGGAUUCCGAAAUAGAAAACAUUUUCAAAAGGCUCGCUGAGCUCGACAAUAACAAUGUUAAGAAGGACGGGUGCAAAUACUUGAUAAAGAUCCUCGAAAACAUUUUACUCGACCCAUCUAACCUCAAAACCAGGCGAAUUAGAAUAUCGAACGACGUGUUCACCAAGUAUAUCUCAAACAACGGGGUUCUCCUGAAGCUAUUCGUGUCGUUUGGGUUCGUCGUUGUCAAGGAGUUUUACGUUCUCCAGGUCGUGGAGUUCCAUAAACUCGUUAACGCAUACAAACAACUCAUAUUCAUGCUGGAUGAAAGUUUCGGACUAAAACACCGCUCCAUGGAAUCGCACUUCUUCGACCCUUUCAAGUCGUACAAGCACAACGCAAACGUCUACGCGAACUCUGAGUCAUUUGAGCUCGUUUCUAAAGAUUUGACGAAAAUAGGAAUUGAUGAAGUGUAUAAAGAUAUAUCGGAGAGGCAGGAUAUUGCCUCAACUCUGGACGACUGGAACCCUUCUAUCAAGCAGGAGCUGUCGCCAGUGAGACCGAGCAAGAUCGCCGCAGAUUCUAAUGAUUCAUUCAGUCCAUCCACAGCCUCACUCAUCAAGAUGUACAACAUCGGCAAGAAUGAAAAUUUUGAGUCGAAGUCAAAAAAGGAGCUUGAAACACUCAAGACUAAGUCCGAGCACGCCAAGAGGUGCCCAGUCGUCGAACUUAAGAUUAGGCUCCCCAAGUCUACGACGCUGUUGAUUCACGUGCCGGUCAAGUCGCCUGUUAGAACAGUGCGGUCCAACAUUCAGAAAAUACUCCUGGACGACGUGUCGCUCGAGGACUGGCACCUGGUCGAAUUUCCCAUUCGGAGAAGAAUCAAUGACGACAGAACACUUCUUGAGGAGGGCAUCAUGUUCAAGUCCGUGCUCCAUUUUACAUUCAAAGAGGUUCAGCGGAACAAUUAUCAGGUGGUAAAGAGCGAGUUUUUGGAGAAAUACAAGCCUCGAGACUAA